AUUCAGCGUGUUAACCCCGAACUACAGUGCUUCGACCCGAAUUCUAAAAUUGGUUUUGGACUUUCGUCCUUCCAAACAAUUCAUCAAACCCUAAUACCACAAGUAUUAAGCUACCGGCAAGCAUGAUACCGUGAAGUAACUUCUAAUUCCGAUAACCGGGAAGUUAGUGUUUGACUGCAUCUCCAGUUUCUUCGAAACGUAAGUACAAAUUACACGAGGUUUAAGAUUAGAAGUUAGUUUCUUCACCUCAUUAAGGUGUUCCCCUGGUUUCUUCGCUAUGCUGCUAAAUCCCGAAAUCGGGACUUACUGGCCGACUGGUUUACUUGUAGAUUGGGUGCUCCGUUGAAGGAUUUAUUUACAUAUUUCCGCGCUGUUUCGAACAAAUGGUUCGUCGUAGUCAUCGAAGCAAACCUGGGUUGGAUUUGAUAAGUCAACUACCGGAAGAUUUGAAGCACAAAAUAUUGGAGCGUUUAGACACUAGAAGUGCAGCCAAAACUGCCCUGGUCUCGAGGCAAUGGAAGGAUGUUUGGUUGCGGCAUGGUCAGCUUGCCUUUGAUUGGCAUGAUUGCCAUGGCGAGGAUGACUUCGUGUCUGUAGUGAAAACUAUAACUAAUGUUCUCCUGCUCCGUACUGGGCCAGUUAAGAGAUUCUCCUUCUCAAUUUACAGAGAGUUCGAUACUCCUGAACAAUCUGAUCUUGAUGUUUGGUGUCUAUUUCUAUCUAGAAAUGGUAUUGAGCAACUUUACCUAGGUAUUCUUCCUCAUCCAGACAGUGAGAACCUCACAAUACCGUCUUGCAUAUUUUCCUGCCAGACAAUCAAGAGACUGUAUGUUGAGGCUGUUGAUUUUUGUGGCCCGGUUUGUGCUCCACAUGGUAGUAUAUUAUCUGGUGUGACCUCUAUUAUUUUCACUGCUGUUGAAUUUAAGGCCAAGGCUAGUGGAAUUCGUGGUGUUAACAUUCCUAAUCUUGAGGAGCUAAUACUACAUGCCUGUCGUCGGAUAGAUAAUUUUGUGUUCAGUGCCCCGAAACUUAAAAGCCUCACUGUUGUGUAUACUUUUUCCCGUAUUGAAUUGAAAUGGUUUGAACUUCAUCUUUUACGGAUUAAGACUCUUUGUUUGACGAUAGACUCAAUUCUGGUUAAACCUGAAAGUAUUAUCCAAGAGUGGUUCCCAACUGCAAUGAAUCUGCAAGUGAUUAAGCUACAUGGUUUUGCUUUUCUCUGCCAGAAGCACAUUGUUCUUGUCAUUCAAUUGCUUAAAAAAUGUCCAAACCUACUUGAACUAGGAAUUGAGAUCGAACCUAAGGUUGUACUAUCCCACAGUUAACCUGUGAAUUUGGUUAUUAAAAGCUGGAUAUUUAUGUUUUCAUAUUUUUUUACAUUGUUUUGUUGCUUGCAGUCACAAGUCAGAUAUUACGAAGAAGAAGAACAAGAAGAAACCGAUCUCCCUGAUCUGAGUAUUUCGAAAGAUCCAAGCAGAUGGUUUGAUGAUCGGGAUCUGUGCGAGCUUAAAUCGGUGAAGAUGGAAUCAUUUAAUGGAUUAAGAGAGGAAGUGGCCUUCAUUAAAACGAUUCUUUCAAGGUCCCCUGCCCUUGAAGAAGUUAUUAUUAAGGAAUCGGUUGAUAUUGACACCUCUCUAGCUUCCAAAUUCAAAAGGAAGAUAACCACCUUUGCUUGUGCAUCUCCAAAAGCAGAAGUUAUUUUUACAGACACCGAGUAUCUCGUCUCCAGCGUAAAGAGUUUACACCCUGAUUUUUAGACAUUUGCAUCAGUUUAUAAGGUGCACCGUCAUGGGUUCUGUUUGUAUAUGUAACACAAGAAUAUAUCAAUUACAUGUUUUGACAGAUGAUUGGUGCCAUUGUGGUGUUUACUUUUAUUUUUUGGUUCA